CGUCUCUUCAAUGGUUUCGGCAUCCCUGGGAUACACAUGACUUGCAUUGGUGGCGAGCAAUAGCGAGCAACAAAGGGCCUAGGGGGAGAGAGCACGUGUGUAGCUUUGCUCGCCGAUUGCAAGUGAGGCAUCCCAUGUGAAGGCCCUAAACUUCAGUUCCUAUUGUUCUUCUUGGCGUUUCCCGUCCUGUGUUAUAUCCUACUUUUUCUUUAAUCCUGUCACGAUCUGGAUUUCAAGAAUGGGAAUCAGCGUGAGCAAAGUCAUGCAGGAAAACUUAGAAAAGAAUCAGGAGUUCAUGCUCGAAAUGCAGAAGAUACAGGUGGAGAGACAAAUCCAAAUGCAGAAUCAGAUGCGGGAACGGAUGAUGGCCAUGCAACUUGCCCGUUCGCGAGAGUUUUUCUACUGGUUUCUGGGUUUCUAUGGUGUCUGCACAGCUGGAAUGCUCCUAGGUGGUGUAGAUAAGGAGAGGGGUCAGGGAGACCUGGGCCAUUCUAUGGCUCUCAAAAUGCUCUUGUGGAGGCCUGCUGACCAUAUUGAUUUGGGAGAUUGUCUCCAUAAGAUUUGGGCAUUUUAUGUCUUGUAUUCUGUUUGUUGCCUUGGGUGCAGAUAUCGAACAACUCGUCAGAAACGGGUGUUGUUACCCCUAGUCCCCCUCACCUUCAUACUAUCCUACCAAGCUGACCUUUGCUAUGGAAGCAAACUCAAAAGGAUACAAGUGGAAGCAGAGCAAAUUAUGGAGUUUGAGCAUGAUUCCUUGGAGAUGCCAUUUGGAGUCCCAUCUCUGUCUUCCAUUGAUCAAGCAAGAAUGAGACAGAGUGAUGAGAGGCGUUUGAAGAAGGUCCAUGACAUAUACUUCUAGGAUUGUUCCUGUUUCACCUUCAUCUAGAGCUGUCUUCNAGUUCUUUUAUAUGAAUUUAAUGGUAGAAAGUAUCCUUUGGAUUGAACCUAUUUUUUUCAAUAGGUAACAUAAUGCUUAUUAAGCAACUUCUAAUUCACAAGUUGAACUUGUUAGAUUUUCCCAUUUCACAAAUUCAUCAAUAGGUUUCUUUUGAAAAUUUAAAAACUCUCCACUUGUGUUGGAUGAACACAAAAGGGAAUACUUAAUAUGGUACUCAGAAGUACUGUCAGUCAAAUACCAGUUUCAUGACAUUUUCCCCACCUGGAGCCAAAACUGCAAAAUUAUCCCAAUUUCUUAAUAAUAUGGCAUGAAAAAAAAAAUGCAGUGGGAAGGAAAAGUAAUGGGAAAAUACUUUCACCACCACAGAUCCCAAGCUCCAAGGCUGUUUGGCCUUUCUGUUUUGUUCUAGAGUCAAAAUCAGUGACAACCAAUGAGAAUAUAUUCUUCCACUUGUGCCUUAGCUAGUGCUCCCAUGCAAUUGCCACUUCAGCUUGCAUAUGUCACCCUACAUGCUUAUACUACUAUUUGGGCAUUUUAUUAAUUAUGGUUACCUCUUCUGAUGUAAGCCAUGCAGCUUUGGCUGGAGGGGGGGAGGCAAAUGAAGUGUGAAGCAUGCCAUAUACCCGGAGACACAUUAUUAAACUUCACGUAGCUGCAUGAUAGCUGUGAGUAUCAUCAAUCGCUCACAUGUUUAUUGAGAAUCAGUAUUCUCUUCCAAUAUGUGACCUCCCUGUUUCUACAACCAGAGGUGACCCUUGUCUAAGACUAUUUGCAACAGCAAAUUGUAAUGCCUUAAAUAGGCUGUGUGAGAAAUUAAUUAAAUUUUAGCUAAUACAAAUUUCAAAUUCCAAAUUUGAAGACAUAAUCUCUGCAUGGGAUGAAAUGAGUGCAUUAUACAGGGUCUGUCAACAGCAAAAAAAAAGGAAGAGACUUUGAAUAUUUCCUUCAAGCAAACCAGAAGGCCUAUUUCAUGGAAAGUUGGAAAAAAUACUCUCUUUUAUCUUCAAGUAGUGGUUCUGUUUCAUUGCUCUAGCUUCAGCAAUUAACAAGUAGUCACACAUUUGGCCUUGAACUUCAGACAUAAGUUGUGCAUGCCCUGUUCCUCAAGCUAAUCACAGAACUGCAAAGGAGAUGAUGCAAUUGCACUGCUGGUAUUAUUAGCACUAGGAGAACAUAAAAUUGGUGAGCCCAAUGAUUGGGGGUUUCAAUGAAUAUAUCAAAUGGACCAUAAUUAAUACAGAUUUCGGGUUGAUCAGUGAAAUUAAUUUUAAAAGCACCUAAAAUGAGGUGCACUAUGUACAAUAUACCACACCUUUGAAAGAUUCCUGUGAUGAGGGGAUAUCAUAUAAAGUGACAAAAAUUGACAUCCCUACCAUGUAUUUUGUUAAUUUCUUUUGUUCAUAUCAUUUGUUUUAAUUUUCUCUUUUUCUUUCAAUUUUAAUGGAUAACUUCAAAUAAACAGUAAUGAAGAAAUA